CAUCAAUUACUUUUUUAUAACCCAAAGAGAAGGAAAAUGAGCGCUUUUGUUCAAGCUUUGAUUUUGAUGGUAUUUUCAGCAACACUAUUAUGCUUUGUGCGUAGCGCUCCUCAGGUACCUUGUUAUUUCGUAUUUGGUGACUCAUCAAUGGAUAAUGGAAAUAACAACCACCUGGUUACGACGGCAAAAGCCAAUUACCCACCAUAUGGAAUUGACUUUCCCGAUGGUACUACCGGGAGAUUUUCAAAUGGUCGAAAUACUGCGGACGUUGUAGCUCAACUACUAGGUUUUGAAAACUCCAUUCCACCUUUUGCAACAGCAAGACGUGAAGAAAUCGUUCGAGGGGUAAAUUAUGCAUCAGGUGCUGCUGGAAUUCGUGAUGAAACCGCGGAACACAUGGGUGGUAGGAUAUGCAUGAAUCGGCAACUAACAAAUCAUGCAAUCACAAUUUUGCGACUAGUCAACUUGAUUGGUAAUGGGAGUUUAGCCACAGUUCGACAACACCUCAACAAAUGCAUAUACACCGUUGCAAUGGGCAAUAACGACUACAUUAACAAUUACUUUUAUUCAAAAUACUAUCAAACAAGCAUCUUAUACACGCCAGAGCAGUAUGCCAAAAUCCUCAUUAAACAAUAUUCCAAACAGCUAUCUAAACUGUACAAAUAUGGAGCAAGAAAGUUUGGGAUACCUGGAGCUGGAUACAUAGGUUGUACACCAGCAAUGAUGAAGAGGUUUAACACAAAUACAUGUGUGGAUGCUGUAAAUGGAGCUAUUAUACAAUUCAAUGCCAAGCUUGUUACUGCUCUUGGUGACCUAGAGAGCAAACUCUCUGGUUCAAAGUUCAUCUUCAUUGACCCUCCUCGGGGAUAUUCCAGUGAAGACCGACGGAAGUCCACCAGAAUCAUCUACUACCACCAAGAGAGGGAUUGUUGGUCGGGAAUAGAGAAAGGGUUAAAUGGCAACGUAUUUAAGUAUGAGACAAGACAUCUACGGUUGGUGCUUUUAAUUCCUGAUUACCAUGAAUUUGGAAACAAUGUGAGUUUUGUUAGGAUUGGCAAGUGUCGAUAUUGUGUCUGUGUGUGUGUGUUGAGUCUAAACCCACAACUACAAACACCUGAUAUUGAUUUCUGA